CCUUUGUGACUCAUUGUGUCUGUGUCGAGGCGUCGGGAGGGCCUAGGUCCGUUUGCGGUGCCCUUCGGUUGGCCUGAGCCCCAGAGUCAACUCCCCUCUCUCGCCCAGCGACCCCAGGCCGCUCCCGGGGCUCACGGCCCGGCCGCAGGAAACGCUGUCUCCCAGGGAGACGUCCCCGCCCCACCCCCGGGUCCAGGCGAGAGUGGCCGCGGCUUUCAGUGGCCUGGGGUGCUUGGAAACCUGGAGAGAAGCUGUCUGCCGGCCCCUUCCUGGCCCCUCGCCCUCAAGUGUUUCGUCUUCGUCAUUUGACGUUUCUGAGAACAGGGUCGCGAGCGAACCGACCCCUGUCUGAUAUCUCUGCUCUCCCGUCGUCGCCAUUUGCUUUGAUUCCGGAAUAGUACAGAAAGAGAUAACAUAAAAUACCUCCCAGAACAGAAAGGUGUGCACAGACUGAUCAAGUCAGCUCCCUGAGCCUGAAUGAUGACUGCUGAGUCAAGGGAAGCCACAGGUCUGUCCCCGCAGGUGGCACAGGAAAAGGAUGGCAUCGUAAUUGUGAAGGUAGAGGAGGAAGAUGAAGAAGACCACAUGUGGGGGCAUGAUGCCAGUCUGCAGGACACGCCGCCUCCAGACCCUGAGAUAUUCCGCCAGCGCUUCAGGCGCUUCUGUUACCAGAACACUUUUGGGCCUCGAGAGGCUCUGAGUCGACUGAAGGAACUUUGUCAUCAGUGGCUACGACCAGAAGUAAACACGAAGGAACAGAUCUUGGAGCUGCUGGUGCUGGAGCAAUUCCUUUCCAUUCUGCCUAAGGAACUCCAAGUCUGGCUGCAGGAAUACCGUCCUGACAGUGGAGAGGAGGCCGUGACUCUUCUGGAAGACUUGGAGCUUGAUUUGUCAGGACAGCAGGUUCCAGGUCAAGUUCAUGGCCCUGAGAUGCUUGCAAGAGGGAUGGUGCCUUUGGAUCCUGUUCAGGAAUCCUCAAGCUUUGACCUUCAUCACGGAGCCACACAGUCCCAUUUUAAGCAUUCAUCUCGGAAACCCCGCCUUUUACAGUCUCGGGCUCUCCCUGCCACCCAUGUUCCUGCCUCUCAUCACGAGGGAAGUCCCAGAGACCACGCGAUGGCAUCUGCACUAUUCACAGCAGAUUCCCAGGCAAUGGUGAAGAUUGAGGACAUGGCCGUGUCCCUCAUCCUGGAAGAAUGGGGCUGUCAGAACCUGGCUCGGAGGAAUCUCAGUAGAGACAACAGGCAGGAUAAUUAUGGAAAUGUGUUUUCCCAGGAUUGUGAAAACAGGAAUGAAAAUGAAGAGUCAGCCUCAAAGGCAGAAGAUUCUGCAUCACGUGGGGAGACAGCAGGAAAGUUCCAGAAGGAGCUUGGAGAGAAACGUGAACAGCAGGGCCGGAUAGCAGAAAGGCAGCAGAAAAACCCUGAGGAGAAAACUGGAAAAGAGAAAAAAGAUUCAGGGCCAGCUGUAGUCAAGGACAAAAAGUCCACCCCAGGAGAGAGAGGUCCAAGGGAGAAAGGUAAAGGAUUGGGAAGAAGCUUCAGUCUAAGUUCAAACUUUAAUACCCAAGAAGAAGUUCCGACUGGAACCAAGUCUCACAGAUGUGAUGAAUGUGGUAAAUGCUUCACCAGAAGUUCAAGCCUUAUUCGCCAUAAAAUAAUCCACACUGGAGAAAAGCCCUAUGAAUGUAGUGAGUGUGGGAAAGCCUUCAGUCUUAACUCAAACCUAGUUCUGCAUCAGAGAAUUCACACAGGAGAGAAACCUCAUGAAUGUAAUGAGUGUGGUAAAGCCUUCAGUCAUAGUUCCAAUCUCAUCCUCCAUCAGCGCAUCCACUCUGGAGAGAAACCUUAUGAAUGUAACGAGUGUGGGAAGGCCUUCAGCCAGAGCUCAGACCUCACUAAACAUCAGAGAAUCCACACAGGGGAAAAACCCUAUGAAUGUAGUGAAUGUGGAAAAGCUUUCAACCGAAACUCAUACCUUAUUUUGCAUCGGAGAAUUCACACUCGAGAAAAGCCCUAUAAGUGCACUAAGUGUGGCAAAGCCUUCACCCGGAGCUCAACCCUCACUUUGCAUCACAGAAUCCAUGCCAGAGAGAGAGCCUCUGAGUACAGCCCUGCCUCUCUUGAUGCAUUUGGAGCAUUCCUGAAAAGUUGUGUGUAAGGCAAGAAUUUGUCAUCAAGCCAUUCCCCUUUUGUUUGUAAAAUUAUUUCAGAGGUGUGUGCCCAUGGAGGGAAAAAAAAAAACCAGCCUGAAUAGAUUUUUUUUUAAAAGUCACACUUAAGGAUCCUUAUAGUUACAUCAGCAGUGUUCUGCCUUUUUGUAGUCUGUGGGCAUGUAAUUCUUCCAUACAGCCCCUGCAGGGAAAAGCUAGUCAUAUGGAUAAUCCACAUAAGAUAAAAGCACACACAGAGUAAAAUGUCAAGCUUUUCAAUCAUGAGGAUACCUUUAAGGCUCUUUUUGGACUCUCAGUAACCACAAUAUAGAAUGAAAGAUGAAGAUUGGCUUUGUGAACAUGAUAUUGAGGUUAAGAAGCUAACUUGCUGCAAACAAGCCCUGCUUGGCCAACAUCUUGCUUAUUUCUCAAAAAAGAGGGACAGGUAAAACAAAAACUAAAUUGGGACAUGCUGCUCAAGCUAGUUAUAUAUACAAUAAGUUAUAUUUAUAUGAUCACUGGUAGCCUACCAAAGCUAUAGAAAUCUAGGACUGUGCUGAUAGUAUCAAACCAAAGAUUUCUAUCUCUUACUGAAAGAGAGGGUAUGUGCACCAGUCUACAGUUCCAAAGGACUGCAACAAAUGUAGAUGGUUCUAUCCUCAUCACUGAGAUUAAUUCUACUGAAGUGGCAACAAGGAUUCAAAACACUUCUCUCCCUUCUUGAAAUCCCUAAAGCACUAGAGCACUCCUAAAUGCAUUUCUUCACAAGUUAGCACUUGAUCAUAUACUGACUUUUAAUCCUUCAUUGUUUCAUGUAUGGAAGUUUCUUAUCACCCCAAAAAAGAUAACUUCAGUUGACACAGGAUAUGUUUAUAUCCUUGACAGCAUAGCAGCACCAGACAUAGUGCUGAACACUUAAGAGGCACUCAUUAUGACUGACUUCUAAAGGACUUCUACAUUUACGAUAAAGCCUUGUGAAUCUGAGUACCUGAAAUAUGGUAGUCUGGCCCAACUUUUAAUGAGGCCCUUUGGAGCCAUGAGGCAUGCUAGACCUGUGGGACUUGAUGGUCUUUUUGUCCUAAAUAUAAACGAAAGGCAUUGGUUAACUGCCUGCAUAAACUCUAAAUAUAGAUCAAUGAGUGAAUACCACAGAAUAUCAAAUGACUCUUAAUGAAGAAAAAAUAUGUACACUGACUAAGGUCUUAUUAUUAUUUAACAUUUUCUGUGAUAGAAAUCUUAGCCAGAAUUCUCUUCAGUCAGCUGCUGAACAUGUGAUCAUUUGGGCACUUUCUCAAUCACUCAGAGUUUAGAUAAUAUAGUUCAGAAGAUAGGCUUUUGGUUGCUUUUCAGAAAAAAAAAUAGCAUUUUUUCCAUACUUUUCCAAAAACUUUGGAAAAAGCAUUUGGCAUCAUUAGCUGGUGAUUUCUAAACAUAUUUUGUUGGUCUGAGAAAUUUGCUAAUGUUCUGAGAUGUAGUUGGUUUUAUCAUAGCCAUGAUGCACAAUGUCUUUUCUUUCUCAUCACUAAAGGUUGAGGUGGAAUUAUGAAACUUUAAUUCCAUCAUCUGUGCAAGGAGAAUACACUUGGCUCCCUAGAAGCUAAUGAUGGGAGCUAUUUCACACAUACAGGAGACCUAAGUAUUGAAGGCUGUGUAGGUAGUUAUCAAUGGCUUGGGUAGAAAUGGCUCUGCUUGUGAGAGAAUUCAAAUGAUUGUGAAUAGCCCUGCAGAAACUUAGAAAUGUAACUAAGGACAAACCUGAAAACUGUCAGUGUGACCACUCCUUAACAGGAGAGCCCCACAUACAGUUUGAGAUUCUCCCUCAAAAAACAUAACUGUCAUUUAUCAGUUUACUGUCCUACAGCUGAAGUCCAGGAGACAGCAUGGCUUUAUGUGAAACCAAUAAGGUGUAAGCAGAUGUGGCCUCAGCUCUAGACCAAACUCAAAUUCUGCACAGCAGUCAUUCUUUGACACUCUCUGGCUUUAUUUCUUGGACCAAUCACAAUUUUUCCUGUUGCUUCCGAGCUGUUUCAUCAGUACUGCCUGGGAAAACGUCAAGUAGUAAGUGAAUUGGCAACCAGAGUAUUUCUGUCCAUCCAAUUUAAGAAAAACAGAGAUACUUCAGAAGAGUAUCUAGUUUUAUAGUAUAGAAAUUCAAAGAUUUUCUUCAAAUAAUAAGCCACAGUGAUGGUUACACAGAAUAUUGUUGACACUUUUGAGAAGACUUCUGCCCUCUAGAAAGCAACUGAAAGUGAAGUGCAUAGAUCCUGGCACUGAUCCAGACACUGACUUUGUUCUUAAGAAGGAAAGGACUUUGGUUGUUCUACAUUGUCCUUUUUUAAGACACAACUACAGUGCUGAUGUAAUUCAGCCAUUAUUUGGGGGUUUUGUUUUAAAAUGGCAGUUAAAUGUGACCUGCAUCCCCCACCUUUACUUCCAUUUUGUUGGGCCAUUGUAUUGACUUUGUUGCCUAGCCACUGGGCUUGCUCCAGUCAGCAGAGGCACUCCUUGAAGCAGCUAUUUGAAGAUGUGUUUUCUGAGGAAAACAAGCUAUACUGUUUAUUAAAAUCAUAUGCAUUGCAUUCAUUUAUCAGAUGCUCACUGAAAGUAUAAUUUGGGUCAUCGUCAAAAACACCUACAACAUCUGAUUAGUGCUCAGGAUGGUCAUUCUAAAGUUCUCUACUGGCUAAAGUAUGUUACCAGUUUAAGUACUGCAUAGGUAACCAUUAGCAUGCUAGUUGACAUAGUGGAAGUUUCUGAAGAGUUUUUACAAUUUUACUUUAACCUUGCCAGGAAGAGAAGUAAAAUUCUUGAAGUUGUGUGGAGGCAUUUGUUUCUAUUCCAGCCUGGCAGGCAAGGCUAAAACUCAAGAAUGAAGAUGUAUGAAACACUAUAAGGAAGGCACUUACAAAAACAUAAAAGUGAAAUUGUGCUAAAUAUGUGUAGAGUCACAUGUUUAAUAUGUGGGACAAUUCACAUCUUAUAUACACCAGAGAAUUUACUUCCGAAAAAAACAACCUCUUGAAUGUGAUAAAUGUGGCAAAGCCUUUGAUCACAUCUCAACCCUUAGCAUCAGAAAGCUUAUACUGUAAAUAAACUUUAUUAAUAUUAUAUGAGGAAAAUUUCAUGUACAGCACUCAUUGCUUUGGACAGAAUAUGAAUUCCAUCAGUAUGUUCCAGUCAUGUAAUGAAUUUCAGAAACACUGCAGAAGGAGCUCAAUCUUCACUCCAGAGGAUCCACAGAAGAAAAAAGAACAGGGAAAUGCUAAAGAAAAUGUACAACUUCUUUAAAAAAAAUUGUUAAUGUUGGGUACGUCUAUAUAUUUUGUAUGACCAUAACGUCAAUGUGUGUUUUGUACUUCCAACCCCUGUUUGUUCUGUAUAUUUCGUGUAAGCAGAUUAUGUAUUUUAUUUUAAUCUAUUUGACAGAACAUACCACUCCAAAAGAGUGAAGUUUUGGAGUGAGUAGUGAAGAAAUUGAUGUGGUUAUAGACAAAAAGUUCACAGAACUGAGGAGGGGGUAAAAGAAGCUUUAUAGUUUGGUGCUUAUCAAGUCAAAAGACAAGAUUGGUAAAUUCUUGAGACAGACGAUGAGGGCACUAAAAUGGAACAGCUCUUAUAAAUAUCUGCAGCUUUUUGAGAGUUUUCAAGACUAGUAAGUUUACCUCUGACUUGCCAGGUCUCCAUUGCAAGGAAAAGGAAUGGAA